GCCUUUCUGCCCCCGGUAACAGAGCUUCCGUUCCCGCAUUCCAGGGUCAGACACUCACCGGCUACUCCACACACCGGACCUCGAUGAACUUUCUGUCUGGAAGGUGGAGGCGGAACAUAAGAAAACAUAAACCUGACCGGCUCGGACCCAGGGAAAGUUGAGACUCGCGCGCGUGACGACUUGUUGCCUUUCGGGGAACGCAACAGUUGGCAUUUUUUUGUGUGUGUUUUGAGCAGCUGCGAGGCGUCGCGGUCAGACUUCAGCGAAAAAGAGAACAGGAGGAAAAGUGACUCGUCAGCACCAACAACUGAGUCACACACAGUUUCAACACAUUCAUAUGGGGAUUAAUGACUUCUCUCUCUAUCUCAAGUACGUGUUCCGCUUCGGCUUGACUCACUGGCAGUCACACGGAUACAGGCAUACACCCAGACAGCUGCCUGCCUCCGUGUCUGCAGGGCCCCGAGGCUGGAGCAGCUCAACCGGGCCGCUGCUGGCACUGGGCAGGUGAAAGGCGUGGCGUUGGGUGGGGGUGCUUUGUGUGAAGAACACCUGAGGGAGGAAGGGUGUGUAACCUGAUGUGUGGGCUGACUGCAGCACACUGGAUGUGUUGAGGAACUGUUCUAGCGGUUUAUGCCCCUCAGAUUCUAAUCUUUCCCAACCGGACGGGUCUGUUUACCGCCUCACGGGCCCAAAUCACGCGGACAUAUUAUGGGCCGUAAUGAAAGAUCGCACUUCUUCGAGGUUUGACCCUUCAGAUCAAAGAGUGGAAACUGGGUCAGGGUUGUUUCAGUACUUAACUAUUUAGUGACCGGUGGAUCUGUCGGUCAUGGCGUUGUCUCAGAUCCAAUGUUUGGACGAUCACCACGUCAACUGGCGCGUGAGCGAGAGCAAACCAGAGUUUUUCUACAGUGAGGACCAACGGCUGGCGGUCGAGGCUCUUAUCUCCAAGGGCCGCGAUGCAUUCACGGACUACAUCCGGAAGAAUGGCAUCCGGGAGUUCCUUUCGGAACCGGAGCUGGAGCGGAUUGAACACAUAGCGGAGGCCUACCGGCCUGGGCACGAACACCACCAGAAGCCAGAGACGCCAGGACCGGGGAACACCACCCCGGGGUUCUGGGAAGAAGGGGGAGACGGCGAGGUGUCGCUCGAGUACUGGCCUGACCGAUCUGAGGCCUCAGUGGCGGUGCUUGAUCUCGGGUGGCCCGAGGCAAGUUCAUACCGAGGGGUCACACGCGUUACCGUGCACACCCAACCUCCAGCCGACGGCCACACGCACAUCAAAGAGGUGGUGCGCAAGAGCAUUGCAUCAGCACAGAAGGCGAUAGCCGUGGUCAUGGAUGUGUUUACAGAUGUGGAUAUCUUUCGAGACCUGCUGGAUGCAGCCUACAAACGCAAAGUUCCUGUAUACAUAAUCAUUGACUCUGCGGCAGUCCCCUGCUUUCUUUCCAUGUGUGGCAGAGCUGAUAUGCACCGUGGACACCUAAAAAAUCUGCGUGUACGUUGCUGUGGAGGCGUGGAGUUCUACACCCGGUCGGCACAGAAGGUGCACGGAUCACUGAGCCAGAAGUUCCUCCUGAUAGAUGGAGACAGAGCCAUCUCUGGUUCAUACAGCUUCACCUGGUCCUCAUCUCGUUUGGACCGAAACCUCAUCACUGUGAUCACCGGACAGGCAGUGGAGACCUUCGAUCUGCAGUUUUGUGAGCUUUACUUCAUGUCCAGAAGUGUGUCUCUCAGCAAGGUUCCCAUGGUAGAUGAACCAAUUCCUGACCCGAUCCCUCAGGCGGCUCCUGUUCCGGUGUCAGCUGCUAUUGCUAGGAAGCUUAUCAAUCCCAAAUAUGCCCUUGUUGCCACAGGAAACCACAUAAGUCCCACUUCUUCCGACCAAAACUCCAGCAACAAGAACUCAAACCUCCAGAAUCCAACUGGGCUAAAAAUAAUGAAGGGACGUCUAAAGGGGGUUAUCGAAGAGCCACCCAUACAUCCAGGAUUAGCCUGUCUGGAGAAGGCAUACCUCAUAUCGUACCUUCCCACCUGGCCAGAGCCAGACCCACCAAGCGACGUGAUUGGCUUUAUCAAUAUCAGGGAUGAAAAGCGAGCCAAUCAGGUUCACUUACAGAGGUCGGAGAGGUUUGAGGUCAGCCAGGCUAUACGCUUUAGCUCACCACUGACACUACCAGCAAAGACUGAGGAACUGGAUGUAGGUCGGGAUGCAAACGCUGCAGGUAAAGCAGAAAAUCCUUCUGGGAAUACAAGUACAGAAGCCUCUACUCUUGUGAGUCCAACCAGCAAACAGCUCAGAGAGGAAACUCCGAAUAAAGACCAAACUGAUGAAACAGAUACCAUAGAGCCCCCUCAGCAGCCAAAUACACCUUUAAUACAAAACACACACAAACUGAAUUCACACACUCAUACACCACCCCCCACUGUUACUGUCACUUCACAGCCAACAGACGAUGCUAAACAAAAUCCAGAGACUCCAUCACCUGCAGCACCUCCUGUUCCUAAACGCCGCACACUGCAGUUAGUCAUAGACCCCACCCCCUCAGAGCAGCCUGGCCAGCCACAGGUCACUCUGAUGAAAAUGGGCCAAUUGGAAAAUCUGGAUGCCUUAACCAAAAAGAGAACCCGGGAGAAGCUGAUGCCUGGCCGCAUAAUAUCAAAGGACGACGUCGGGGAUUCUGGCAGCAACGGUGACGGCAGCCAAGACAGCACCAAGGUCAUGUGUGACCGUGCAGCCGCUGAUAAUCCUUCAAGCACUUCUACCGCAUCAGAAGAGGAGUUUUAUGAUUGUUCCACGCCAGAGCCAAGAGACCCAUUGACCAACGGAGUGACGACGGGGUCAGGUCGUGGGCAUCGCCAAGGAGACGGGGUCAACAUGAUGGCCCGCCUCUCCCAGAGCAUGCUGGAUCUGCGGGUGCCCACCCAGUCAGAAGACAGCACUGCCCUUAUCCGCCAAUCACAGCAGCUCCGCAGACAAGCACACCCAUCACCGCAUAGGCACAUAGGACAGCUGUUCCAGACCUCAAAAUCUCCAGGUCGUGAUGCGCGUCUGAGUGGAGCUAAAGUAGUCAUUGCCAAACCGGGAAGUUUUCACCGCCCCACCCGAGCAUCUGGCCCUGUGAUUGGAGGACACCGUUACUGGCAUGGUCAAAUGCUGCACCCUGAAUCGGCCCAUCUUGGUGUGGAGACACGCUCCGGGCGGUCGCCACGACGCCACAGCCCAGGUUACAGAAAGACGGAUCACAUCUCACCACAGCCGCCUGCCAACCCUUCAGGGUUACUUGGAGUAUCUUUCUCAAAACUGAGCAAUUUAAAACACUUAAAGAACCGUGGCGGAGCGUCACCGAAGAAAGCGUCUCAAAAUAACAAGGCUGUUAGAUAGAACUGUAGUAUUGGUACACUAGGAUGUUGUUGAGGCCAGACUUCCUGCUAAGAAAUUGUUGACUCUUUAGUGUGGAAUCUUCUCUCUCUUUAGCAUGCAUUCCCUGUUUUUAAGCCCUGAGGCUCAACAUAAAAUAACUAUUUAAUAGGGAUUUUUUUGUCUGUGUCAACAAGGACUGGUAGUUUAAUUUAAUGAUGUGUUUUGAGAGGUGUUGUCUAUAAAUGAAACCAAGAGUUUAGAAUUUUAGCAAAGCGCAUACUGAUAUCUGGGAGGAAAUAAACUGAUAUAUCAGCUGACAUUUGCAUGUUUAUAAACAUAUGCAUAAGCACACACUUGCAUGGAUCUCUUCAAUAUGUUUAUGUUUAUCAAAGACUUGUGCUAAGAUUUCUACCAGAGGCAGAGUAUUUUGUAGGUGAUAACCAGUCUUAACAGACACCCUGUCAUCUUUGGUCAGCUGUGAUAAGUCUUCUCUGCCAAAUCAGUCACUUCAGUAUUGUAAACAAUCAACAAUUGUAAACAAUUACCUCAACUGCUUUUCUUAUUUGUAUUAUGUACUGUAAAGUUUUUCCAUAUCCAACCUACACAGGCAGGAUCAGCCGAUUCUGUCUCCCCACAUGUACAAGUCAGGCUCUAUUGUUGAUACCACUGGGAUUGGUUACUUGUGGUGUGAGGGUGGAGUUAAUGUGUUGAUUACUUUCACAUGUUUGGCAGAUGUACUGGAUUACCUAUAUGCCAUUUUACUGAUGUGGGACCAAAGGGGAUGUAGUAAAUAAAAAGACAGCUUGUUGGAAAUAAUCCA